CGAAAAAUCCACUUAUUUUCAUUGGCCCGUUGGACUUAGCUUGGUCACCAAGUAUUUUGACCAUCCAAUAUGCCGCCUUCAAAUCCUCGCACAUUACAGUUUUACCCAAAAGAACGUCUUGAAACCGUUCCAGAGACAGAAAAUAUCUUGCGCAACAGUGGACCCCAACUACUUCCUUCCGACCAGUUGACCACAUAAUCGUUUGAUCUUUCAAAAAUCCAGAUGAAGUAACUGCCAGGAAACAACCCCAAACUUAGGUCGGCGCUUCUUCUUUCUCAAAUUCUCAAUUUUUUUUGCGGUGAUUCAAUAUCAUAUGGCUUAUAGAUAUUCCACGUAUAAAUCAUCAACGGUUAACUUUACCGUGGCCGUUGAAGAGAAAGGCGAACCUACCCCAGUCACACCGCCUCUAAAGAUUUUUCUUAUCGUAACAGUUUGUCGGCUUAAACCCUUCAAAACCCCCACCCCCUUCCACCAAUUUUUUUUUCACUUCAAUUUCUCCUUAAACUGAAACCCAGAACUGAUUUUAAAGCCUUUUUUUGACACCUUCAAAAAUCAAAUGAACCCUGAGGACAAAAAACAGUCUCCGAAUUCCCGUUUAAGCCUACCCCAAACGUCGCCUUUCACUUCUCCUUUAAUGGAACUAGAAACAUUUUCAUCAGCACCAGCUGGAACGGAGUUUACUGGAGUGCCUCAGCCUCUGGAAAUUCUUCAGGGGAACCCAGUACCGCCUUUUUUGUCUAAAACGUUUGAUUUGGUCGACGACACGGGUUUGGAUCCGAUCAUCUCUUGGGGUCCGACGGGAGAGAGCUUCGUGGUUUGGGACCCGGUCGAGUUUUCCAGGCUGAUACUUCCCCGGAAUUUCAAGCACAAUAAUUUCUCCAGCUUUGUUCGUCAGCUUAAUACUUAUGGGUUUCGGAAAAUUGAUACUGAUAAGUGGGAAUUUGCUAAUGAAGCUUUUCAGCGAGGGAAGAGGCAUCUUUUGAAGAACAUUCAGAGGCGUAAGUCACCUCAAUCACAAGAGGUUGGUAACUAUUUUGGACCUGAAGCAGGGAGGUCUGGAUUGGAAGGUGAAAUAGAAAGGUUGAGAAAGGAGAAGAGCAUGUUGAUGCAGGAAGUAGUGGAACUGCAGCAGCAGCACUGUGGUACUGCUCACCAUAUGGAAGCAGUUAAUCAGAGGCUUCAAUCAGCAGAACAAAGGCAGAAGCAAAUGGUUUCAUUCUUGGCGAAGUUAUUUCAGAAUCCUGCUUUCUUAGCCCGCCUUAGACAAAAGAAGGAACAGGGAGAAAUUGAUUCUCCAAGAAUGAGGAGGAAGUUUGUCAGGCAUCGGCAGCUUGAACUGGUCAAUUCAGAAGCACCUGUUGAAGGGCAGAUUGUGAAGUACACACCUGAUUGGAGAAACAUUUCUAUAUCCUCAUCAUUCCCAGAUUUAAAUCCAAUUUCUGUUGAACAAUCUGCAGAUUAUCUACCCGAGGGUGUAGCCGGAAUUGAUUUAGGUGCAGAAGGCUUUCCAUUUCAAGUUGGUAAUGAAGUAGUUGUAUGUGAUAAGUCGGCAGCUGCACAUGGAUUUCUCAGAACCCCAGAGCUGGUGGGAGAAGGUACAUCUUGGUUGGGAAGCAAAGAUCCCCAUUUCAAAGAGAAGAAUGUAAUGGGCUCAGAACAAGUGGAUAAUCCAGAGUAUUUUGUCCCUUUUCCAGAGGAUUUGGUGAAGCAGAAAAGCACCCCAGAGUUCUUAUCUCCUAUUGGUGAAAGUGUUUCUAAACAAGAGGAUAUAUGGAGCAUGGGUUUUGAUGGUACUGCUGGUAUGUCUAGUUCUAGCAAUGAGUUUUGGGGUAAUCUUGAAAGCUAUGACCUUCCAGAGUUGGGAGUGACUAGUGGGUUAUCUGAUGUCUGGGAUCUUGGUUUCUUGCAAGCAGCAGAAGAUUCAGGCACUGAUAAAUGGCCAGCUGAGGAAUCUCCUUUUGAUAAUCCUAAUCCUGAGACUCAAGCUGGACAGCCAGAAGAUAUUAGGUCUAAGAAGACAGAUCCAUGAGGGUUCAUUUGCUUUGGCAGAUGAUGCCUUUGAGGAUCAUAGUUAUCUUCAGUUACUAGGAUGAAGGGUCUAUUGGACAAUUGAUUUAUAAACAUAUUAAUUGAAUGCCGGAUUUUUUUCUGAUAUUAUUAUCAGUACAGGUUUCUUUUUUAUAUUUGAAUUUUGAUUGGAAAGCUUGGUAAUUUCAAUUUUUAUAUUUGAAUUUUGAUUGCAAAGCUUGGUAAUUUCAAUCAUAAGUUAACUCUUGUGAAUCAAUUUUUUUUUCCUGUUGCUGUGCUAUAUGAUGGGUUGCACUUGAAAUUGCAGGUUUUCCACUUACUCUACGUUUGAGUUAUGAAAAUGCAGGUUUCAUACAUACAUUUGGCUUGGUGGCUUAUUCUUGAUCCUCUAUCUGCCAGGAUUGGCAUUUAAUAUCCGAUGUAGGUUGCUGAGCUUCGUUGAACAGGGUCAGAAGGGUCAAACCGUUGACAGGGGAUCUCCAGCAACAUUGGCAAUUACUACAAUUUUCUAUAUGCUUUUGGUAAAUACUACA